CCCUGGCACAGUCAGUACGGUGUCUCUCCAGCGUGCAGGCUGCAAGGCUGCUGCCCCAGAAAGCAAAGAUUCCUGUAAGGAGGUUUUGAGGUCUCACCUGCCACAAUGACGGACAGAAGCCCCUUUGAGACAGACAUGCUCACCCUGACCCGCUACGUUAUGGAAAAAGGGCGGCAGGCCAAAGGGACUGGGGAGCUCACACAGCUGCUCAACUCCAUGCUGACUGCCAUCAAAGCCAUCUCCUCGGCUGUGCGCAAGGCUGGCCUGGCUAACCUGUACGGAAUUGCAGGGAGCGUGAACAUGACUGGAGACGAAGUGAAGAAACUGGACGUGUUAUCCAAUUCCCUGGUCAUCAACAUGCUCCAGUCCUCCUACAGCACCUGUGUUCUAGUCUCUGAAGAGAAUAAAGAGGCAGUCAUCACAGCCAAGGAGAAGAGGGUGCGUCCCCGGUGGACUGCAGUGCCCCGCGUCGUCAGUAGAUGGUGCUACUGGGAUGAGAGAGGGAAGUAUGUGGUCUGCUUUGAUCCCCUGGAUGGAUCUUCGAACAUUGACUGCCUGGCCUCCAUUGGAACCAUAUUUGCAAUCUACAGAAAGACCACAGAGGAUGAGCCUUCCGAGAAGGACGCCCUGCAGCCUGGCCGCAAUAUUGUGGCUGCUGGCUACGCGCUCUAUGGCAGUGCAACCCUGGUGGCUCUUUCCACAGGGCAAGGAGUGGAUCUCUUCAUGCUGGACCCGGCUCUUGGAGAAUUUGUGCUGGUGGAAAAAGACAUCAAGAUAAAGAAGAAAGGGAAAAUUUUUAGCCUCAAUGAGGGUUAUGCCAAGUAUUUUGAUGCUGCCACCACUGAGUACGUGCAGAAGAAGAAAUUCCCCGAGGAUGGCAGUGCACCUUACGGGGCCAGGUAUGUGGGCUCUAUGGUGGCUGAUGUGCAUCGUACCCUGGUCUAUGGAGGAAUCUUUAUGUACCCAGCCAACCAGAAAAGUCCUAAGGGCAAGCUCCGGCUCCUGUAUGAAUGCAAUCCCGUGGCCUAUAUUAUCGAGCAGGCAGGAGGCAUAGCAACCACAGGCACCCAGCCUGUCCUGGAUGUGAAGCCUGAAAGUAUUCACCAGCGAGUCCCCCUCAUUUUGGGAUCCCCGGAGGAUGUGCAAGAGUACCUCGCCUGCGUGCAGAGAAACCAGGCAGGCAGGUCGUGAGCCCGAACUCAUGAGUCCACUUCUCUUGGCCUCGCACUUCUUUGUAUGAAGGGUUAGAUGAAUGAUCAACAGAGACAGAAGGAAAGGUGAACAAGCCAAGUUUGCCGGGUCACUUUCAGAGCAUCACCCUGCUGCUCAGGGCAGGUUUAGAAGUCAGAGGCGAAGAUACAACCCAAGGGCUAAAAUAAAAGCCUGAAAAGAAUCCCUUUGGUGGUCUUCUGUCCUGGGCAAGGCAGAUGGGCAAAGCAGGACUUUCAGUCUCCUGCCUCAUAUGCAGCAUCUACCCAGCCACCCAAGGGUAAAGACACAUGACAGUUAAUUUAGCUACUUCUUCUGCCUAUAUGCAUAGUGCACGCGCAGGCUUACAAAUGUGGUGAUUAUUAGUAGAGAUUUUGUGGUUUAUUUUGGGCAGGUUUUGAGUUAGGAAUCUCAUGACCACUAAACACUGAGUUCUCCACUAAGCCCCUUUCAGUCUGUAAAUUGGAUAAUUCACAGAAAAUGUGGUUACCUUUUGGCAAAUCCAGAUGUCGCACAUGGUUUAUACUUAAAUUGAAUACUUACAGUUUUUAACUUCUCUGUGUUUAUUUUUUUUGGAGAAAAUAUUUUAAGAGAUCCUAGAGUCUAACAAAAAUGAACUAGCCAAAUGGUUCCACCUUUGCCCAAAUUAUGUCGAGACUAAACAAGUACUUAUUUCUCUACAAUAUCAACUUGUUUUAAUGAUAGCUGAUCUGUAUGUGCAAGAUUUCACAAGAUUUCUACAGAUUUGACAGUGACUAAUCCAAAAGACAAGUGUUCCUGCAGCUCUGCAAAAUAUGGGUCCUCCACAGGAUCAGAUUCCCAUUGGACUUGUCUAAUAGAUCUGUCAGCUGUACAUUUACUGUAUGAUACCGUGGGCUCACCACAGGAAUGGCAGGUUCA